AUGGCCCUGGGCGUCGCCGUCCUGCUCCUGGUGGGGGCCGUGGGGACAGCUUCCAGGGCUCAGCCCACACUGACGCAGCCGUCCUCGGUGUUCGUGCUGCCCGGGCAGACCGCUUGGCUGCCCUGCACCCUGAGCCCCCCGUACAACAUCAGCGAGUUCGGCAUCUCCUGGUACCAGGAGCGCCCGCGGCACUUCCUGAGGUAUUUGCUCUAUUACAACUCUGAGCAUGACCAGCACAAGUCCGACAGUACUCCCGGCCGCUUCUCUGCUACCAAAGAUCUCGCCAGCAACACCUGCAUCCUCAUCAUUGCAUCCAUCCGCCACGAAGACAACGGCAGCUACUACUGCUCCCUCUCACACGCCUUCAGCUGGUUUUAG